AUGAUUAAUUUUGAAUUAGAUAAAAGAGAAUAAAUAAAAUAAAUGAUUGAUUAUGUAUUUAAUAAAUACAGAAAAAUAGACAUAUUAAUAAAUAAUAAUAUAUUUGAAUAUGAUGAAUAAAAAUUAAUAAAUACGUUUAUAUUUAUUUAUUUUCUUAUUAAUAAUAUUAUUUUUUUAUUCUUUUAUAAAAGUCCUGAUGAUAUUUAUGAUAAAUUAAUAAAACAAAAUAUGACAAGUUAUUUUUAUUCAAUGAAAUAUGUUAUUCCUUAUAUGGAAAAAUAAAAUUGGGGAAGAAUCAUAAACAUAUCUAGUGUUGAAGUAGGAUAGUUGUAAAAAUCUGCAUUUACUGCAACUCAACAUGCUAUUUUAGGAAUGACAAAAGUAGCAGCUUUGGAAACCGCUAGAAGUAAAGUUUCUAUAAAUUGUAUUUGUCCAGGAAUUGUCUAUAGUGACUUAUAAGUGAAAAAAAUAAAACUUUUAAUGUAAGAUAAAAAUAUUACUUAUAAUGAAGCAAAACUUUAAAUUAUUAAUAAUAAACAACCAACUUAAGAUUUUAUUUAUCCUGAAUAAAUUUCGGAUGUUGCUUUAUUUUUAUGUUAAAACUCAUCUUAAGAAAUCAGAGGGGAAGCUAUUUCUGUUGAUGGUGGAUGGACUGCUUAAUGA